AAAUACGCGUUGGGAAGUUCCGCAGCGAGGGUGUGUGUGAGACGACGUGGUGUAUAAGCGGGGUUGAGGUCCAAGAACUGCGCGCGCGUAGCGGUCUUCAAUCUUCCAUUGACCGGUCCCCAGCGCAGACUCAGCAUGACGUUCGGGUUCGUGACGUGCGGCCCCAACGAGGCGCUCGUCAUCUCGGGCUGCUGCUACUCCAAGCCGCUGCUGGUGCCCGGCGGGCGCACGUUCGUUUGGGGCUUCCUGCAGCAGUGCCAGAAGAUCUCACUCAACACCAUGACGCUGCAGGUGGAGUCGCAGCGUGUUUACACCAGCCAGGGAGUGCCUAUCUCAGUCACCGGCAUCGCCCAGGUCAAGGUGCAGGGCCAGAACGAGGAGAUGCUGCUGGCCGCCUGCGAGCAGUUCCUGGGCAAGACCGAGGACGAGGUGCGCCAGGUGGCGCUGGAGACGCUCGAGGGCCACCAGCGCGCCAUCAUGGGCGGCAUGACCGUCGAGGAGAUCUACAAGGACCGCAAGAAGUUCAGCGAGCAGGUAUUCCACGUGGCCUCCUCCGACCUUAUCAACAUGGGCAUCACGGUCGUGUCGUACACGCUGAAGGACGUGCGCGACGAGGAGGGCUACCUGAAGGCGCUGGGCAUGGCACGCACGGCCGAGGUCAAGCGUGACGCCGCGAUCGGCGAGGCGGAGGCCAAACGCGACGCUGCCAUCAACGAGGCCAUAGCUGAGGAGGAGCGCAUGGCGUCGCGCCUGCUCAACGACGUGGAGAUUGCCAAGGCGCAGCGCGACUUCCAGCUGAAGAAGGCCGCGUACGAUAUGGAGGUGGAGACGAAGCGCGCCGAGGCCGAGAUGGCGUACCAGCUGCAGGCGGCCAAGUCGCGCCAGCGCAUCAAGGAGGAGUCUAUCCAGGUGCAGGUGGUGGAGCGCUCGCAACAGAUCCAGGUGAUGGACCAGGAGAUCCAGCGCCGCGAGAAGGAGCUGGAUGCCAAGGUGCGCCAGCCGGCCGCCGCUGAAAAAUACAAGAUGGAGCGUCUGGCCGAGGCCAACCGCAACCGCAUGGUGAUGGAGGCACAGGCUAAGGCCGAGGCCAUCACGCUGAAGGGUCAGGCCGAAGCGUUCGCGAUCGAGGCGCGUGCCAAGGCCGAGGCUGAGCAGAUGGCCAAGAAGGCAGACGCCUGGCGCGAGUACAAGGAGGCGGCCGUGGUGGACAUGAUGCUGGAGGCACUGCCGAAGAUUGCGGCCGAGGUGGCGGCGCCGCUCACCCAGACCAAGAAGAUCACGAUGGUGGCUGGUGGCAGCGGGGAGGUGGGCGUGGCCAAGCUGACGCGCGAGGUGCUGUCCGUGGUGGGCGAGGUGCCCACUAUGGUCAGCAACAUGACCGGCGUCGACAUCCGGAAGGGCGCCCACGCCUAGGCUCUGCCGCCGGCGUGACACCCAGUCGGGGUCCGCUCCUCGCGGAGAUGGCAGGCACUGCCUGAUGCGCUGCUGCGGCCGCUCGAAGCGGUCAGACCAGACGCUGGACCUUGCACCGCUUUUAUGCCGUCAGGAUGGUCAAUCUCGGAUCGCUGGACCAUGCUUCAUGUCUCGGCGUCGAUCAGGAGCUGAUUGCGCGUAAAUGGUCAGUUGCUUGGGAAAAAUCUCGGGGGUAUAUAUAUAUUUUAUGGCCAAUGGUCGGCCAUCGCUGCCUUGCUGCCUUGGUAACGUAGCAUCGUCCAACUCGUCUUUGUCAGGUAGUGUUGAGAGAUGCGACGUCGCGUUCGGGACUAAUUGUAGAGGUAGAAUGGAACAGGAUCAGGUUUUGAUUCUUUUAUAUGCAGCAGAACUGAACAAUAGAUUACCAUGCGUGCUAUAUUUCGGACAAUAUGACGAGUUCAGAAUCUAGCGCCCCUCCUACAUUGUUUAUUUUGUAACUUGGAGCUCCUCCGACGGUGCCUAUUCUGUAAUCAUGUCUGGGUAUGCUUUGUCCAUCUUCGGCAAGUUAUGCUGCGUAAGUUUUCGACAGUCGGCCGUCGCCGGUGCUCUCCUCGUCUGGCCACCGUCCACCACCUCACUGCGAGCGCCGCGACUGGACCUAACACCUCGGUUUGCCUCGCUCCCGUGUGUGUGUGUCGGGGAUGAGCUCGCAGGCGACGGUCCGCUGGACCACAGAGUCGUGGUUCCCACGGUCCCGUGCCAUCGUGCUCUGUUUCCGGUCUUUGCUAGCGCUUUUAUUGCGCGGAUGUUCUCUCGUUGUGUGCCGUGCGUGUCGUGUAUUGACAGGGUUUCCCCAGCUUUGUUUAGCCGGUAGUGCAGACUGGUCGCCUCAGGGUUUAGUCCCAUGGGAUGAAGCUACAAACUUGCAUAUUUUUGAACCUCUCCGUAUGGACGUAAACGUAGAUAACGAUGUAAGAUCUAUACCUUUAGGAAAUGUCUUGUGGAUGGAAAGCGGGGGUAAAAUUGUCUUUUUCCGUCUUCUGUUUCCGGCUCGGCUCGCAAAAGUCGGUGUGGUUAGGUUUUCAUUGUAUGGAGCUGAGCUCUGGUAGGGCAGUUCAUUGCUUGCGACUUUAUUCUGCGGCAUGUGUAUUCGUGGUAUUGUCACCAUCCGUGUUUGAGAGUCACACACGCACUGUGCUCCCGCUUCGACGCGUCUAACGAAGGUGGUCUUACGUUUGCAUGGCACGGAUACAGCACAUUAGUAUAUUAGUUGUAGAUCAGUGGAGCCAUACUCUUGAAUGGAAUAUAGCGUCUAGUGGCGUCUGCGUGCGCGCAGUUAUUAUUUGGUGUGGGCAGCGGGCUGCCUGGUGGCGAAAGUAUGGCGGUACGAUGCGGCACUACCUCCCAAUAUAGUUCAAAGGACAUUUUUGAGUGGUUCGCGCCGUCCCCAUGCUCGACACCAGACCAGCUUUCAGCCCUCUUGCUGUGUUCUCACUCAUGUUUUGUUUGAUUGACUGUUCGCCAGCGUGUUUAGCGUGCGUCCCCAGUCUGCUCCUAUUUAGACCUGGCUAGUUCAGAGUGGCGUGGCGCGUGCAACUCUAUCAUCAGCGUUGGCUGGACGGACAGUUCAUCCCCCGUCGUGGAGUCGAGUCGUAAUCGUGUCAGUGUGGUCACGGGAUAAUAUCUGCUGCGGUGUAGUAUGCAGAGGUCAAUAAAGAACUACAGCGUCACA